AUGACAACCUCCUCAAGUGAACCGCCAUCAAAAAGUUCACUUCCUUCUGAUGUAGAGCAGCCGUUCUUCCAUAGCCUAUCCGAGAUAACCCGCAGCCUUUACAUCAGCAACGGGGUGGCUGCCAAUAAUGAAAAUCUUCUAUACAACAAUCAGAUUACCAUGGUCAUCAACGCUUCAGUGGAAGUGGUGAACACAUACUAUGACAACAUCCAAUACUUGCAGGUGCCAGUGACUGACACCCCAACCUCACACAUCUAUAGUUUUUUUGAUCUUGUUGCGGAUCAGAUUCACAGUGAGGACAUGAGGCAGGGGCGAACGCUGCUACACUGCGUCGCAGGAGUGAGUCGUUCACCUACACUCUGCCUUGCAUACCUGAUGAAGUACCAUGCUAUGACACUGUGUGAUGCUCACACAUGGAUCAUGUCGCUCCGCCCCAUCAUCCGGCCUAACAACGGCUUUUGGGAGCAGCUUAUCCACUAUGAAUUUAAGCUGUUUAGUAAGAACUCUGUGAAAAUGAUCAACUCUCCUGUGGGCGUGAUUCCUGAUAUCUAUGAAGAAGAAUUCGAAUUGAUGGCGAUUCAGAUGUGA